UCUGGGUCUGUCUGCAGGUAUACAUGAUGAUGCACAGGCAAAUGGCUAUGUGAACACCGAUCACAAGCGUAGAAGCGCAGCUAUCGUUCUGCAGCUUUGUCCAGCACAUGAGUUGAAGAAGGAACUUGUCUCUAGUUCCGAUGGUGUUCCUAAGGGGUUGGACUCGGAGAGUUUCUCAAGCUGCUUUUGUUGCAUUUCUAAGCCUUGGCAAUUUGGCUCGGUGCUGUACGGUCUAUGAGUUCAAUGGCUCAGGAUUUGCUGCAAACGCGUUUGCGCUAGCCCACAUGGUGCCCAUUUAUCACAACACCAAUGGGACUUUUUUCUUAGACAACACAAACAACCACUACAGAUGCAGCGAGGAUGGUGGGUGGCAUGACUUCUUUGCCUGGGAGGACAAUCUCGUGCCCUGGACUCAGGAAAAGGAGGACGCACAGCCAGAUGCUCCCUGCAUUCGCCAUGACAUCAGCAGCGUCAACAAGGUGGUGUUUGAGAACCUGAAGCUGAGCUGGGACGAGCUCGACUUCAUUGGGGUAAAGAAGGCGUGGAAGUAUCAGCCCUGGGUCCAAGAGGCCAUUGACAAGCGGCUAGACAAGCUGGCAGAUGUGACCCCACCCAGCAUCGGUUUCCAUGUGAGGGGAGGAGACAAGCUGGCUGAGGACAAGAUGCUGAAUCGUCAGACAACAGAGGUGGAGGAUCUGAUCAAGAAGUUCAUGGUCACAUGGCCGGAGAUCAAGGGUGGGACGUGUGUGAUGAUGGGGGAUGAUCAUGCGCGCAUUUCUGCGGCCUCAAAGCUGGCGGGCAAGCAGCUCGGCUGCAAGGUGUUCCGGGGGUCGCCAUACUACAGGAAGGAAGGGCACUUGCAGGACCACUUCAACCAGCAGAGCUACGAGGACAAGUGCAGCGGCACAGUGCAGCUGCUGAUUGACAUGGAGCUGCUGGCCCACACCGACUACUUCAUUGGGUCCUACAACUCACGCUGGCCGCGCGUUGUCCAGUACCUCAGAUAUGUGCUCUACAACAAGGACCGCAGCACCUCGGUGGACGCCUCUGCCUAUGGCCUCGACCUGUUUUCCAACAUCAAGCGCAUCUUCCAGACCAACGCAUGACUUGGGGCUUGUUUGGCCUUGCUGCAGCCAGAUGUGCUACAGACCUGAGUGUGUCUGUUCCUGAAUGCUGUCAGAUUGCUGCUAUGAAUGUAAUGUGGGAUACCUCGCACUCCAUGGCGUGCAUAUGAUUGCUGUAUGGUGCCGCUGAUUAGUUCUGUGACGGUUGAUUGAAAGCCUCAGGCUGAGCCAUGCUGCAUGUUGCUCUGCUAUAUGUAUUGCCUUCGCAAGCUUGCCUUGAGGGCAAAUUUCAUUAUCAACAGGAUGCGGUGCACUAUGCAUGUUCCUGAAGCAGUGUGGUUUCACAAUAUAAAUGAAGUUUAUGGAUUUUGCUGCAAUCCUCCUUUGUUAUGGACGUCAGGGGUGCCUAGAGGGUCUUUUUGGAACCGAUUCUCAUGAUCAUCGGAAUAGCUGUAUACUCGGCAGACAAAGUACCAGCGCAUGACUUCCAUGGCGCAGACACAUGCAAUCGUACGAUCCAACGUUGUUGACAUCAGCAGUUGUAAAAAUAUUCAAGCC